AUGGCCGCCUUCCCGCCCCCUCCAGUCAACACCAUUGACUGGUCCAACGUCGGCUUCAAGGUCCGCGAAGUCAACGGCCACAUCGAGUCCACCUACUCCGUCUCGACCGGCCAAUGGACCCCCCUCAAGUUCGUCGCGGACCCCUUCAUGCGCAUCCACGGCAUGGCCCCGGCCCUCAACUACGGCCAGCAAGCCUACGAGGGCCUCAAGGCCUUCCGCGCGCCCGGUGACGCCACAAUCAACGUCUUCCGCCCGGACAAGAACGCCCUGCGCCUCCAGCACUCCGCCGACGUCGUCUCCAUGCCGCGCGUCCCCGAGGCCCUCUUCCUCGACGCCGUCAAGGCCGCCGUCUCCCUCAACGCCGGCUACGUCCCGCCCCACGAGACCGGCGCCGCCAUGUACAUCCGGCCCCAGCUCUACGGCUCCUCCGCCCAGCUCGGCCUCAACCCGCCCGAGGAGUACAUCUUCGCCGUCUUCGUGAUCCCCACGGGCGUCUACCACGGCACCCACCCCGUCAACGCGCUCAUCCUCGACGACUUUGACCGCGCCGCGCCGAACGGCACCGGACAUGCCAAGGUCGGCGGCAACUACGCGCCCGUGCUGCGCUUCAGCGACCGCGCGCGCAACGAGGGCUAUGGGAUUACGCUGCACCUGGAUAGCGUGAAGCACGAGGAGAUUGACGAGUUCAGCACGAGCGGCUUCAUCGGUGUCAAGAAGGACGGCGAGGAUGUUACGCUUGUUGUGCCGGAUUCCAAGUGCGUCAUCGACAGUGUGACGAGCGACAGCAUCCAGCACAUUGCCCGCAGCUUCGGCUGGAAGGUCGAGAAGCGUGUGAUCAAGUACAGCGAGCUCCCCACCUUCUCCGAAGUCAUGGCCGCCGGCACCGCCGCCGCCCUGGUGCCGAUCCGCUCCAUCACGCGCCGUGUGGACCCGUCCUCGGCGCAGGCCCUCGCGGGCAAGCAGCACGAGCGCGUCAGCAGCGCCAAGGCGGGCGAGGAGACGGUGACGUACAUCCCCGCGAGCCAGGAGGACGCGGGCGAGACCUGCCUGAAGCUUCUGUCGACGCUCAAGGGCAUCCAGCUGGGCAAGCUCAAGGACGAGUUCGGCUGGAACGUGGCCGUCAGCCAGGCGGACGGCACGGCAGUCGUGGGGGAGCAGAAGACCAACGGCUCGGCGACGACCGUUGACCAGAUGGACUAA